AUGCUUAUUAGCCUGAGGAGGAAAUUUUUCUAUGCAGUUACAUUGAUAACUGUAGCCUUGUUUGUGGUUUCCUUGUGGUCUGUAUAUCGUGAUGAACUGUUGUGGCUUAAGGUUGGUUUGCUAACAGCUUUGUAACCUUAAAAAAGUGUUAUAAUACUGUGUGUUUUUAACAGUCGCAAAUACAUCCUGGAUAUCUGUUGAACUGAAGGUGCUAAAUAUGCUAGUAGUCCAUCAUUAGAAACAUUAAGUAACUCUCCAGACUGAUUUCAAUACAUUUUCUUAAAGAAUAAGUUGAGAGAAUUUGGUACCCUUUUUAUAACCUCUCUACAUUGGCCAUCUACCUGUACCACUCCAUAGAUUAAAAUUCCUACCAGUACUUCCAGUAAUAUUUGAAAAUUUGNUGAUAACUGUAGCCUUGUUUGUGGUUUCCUUGUGGUCUGUAUAUCGUGAUGAACUGUUGUGGCUUAAGGUUGGUUUGCUAACAGCUUUGUAACCUUAAAAAAGUGUUAUAAUACUGUGUGUUUUUAACAGUCGCAAAUACAUCCUGGAUAUCUGUUGAACUGAAGGUGCUAAAUAUGCUAGUAGUCCAUCAUUAGAAACAUUAAGUAACUCUCCAGACUGAUUUCAAUACAUUUUCUUAAAGAAUAAGUUGAGAGAAUUUGGUACCCUUUUUAUAACCUCUCUACAUUGGCCAUCUACCUGUACCACUCCAUAGAUUAAAAUUCCUACCAGUACUUCCAGUAAUAUUUGAAAAUUUGCCACUGUGAAAACCAGUGACACUUUCCCCAAAUGUUGGUGUCAUGGAACCAGGAGCAUGUGUAUUCACAUUUUGUUUUAUUUUUGCUUGCAGGUUGAUAAAUGGGACAGUUGUGAGAAAGUGAUUUGGCAAAAUUCCUUUUCAAAUCUGUUGAGAAUAUUUCUGAAUCCUGACCAUAAAAAUCACAAGACUGACCAAGACAUCUUGGACACAUAUGGCAGUAGACAAUGUCAUGACAUUCUACGGCAUGACUUUCCUCACCCUAUUGCCACAUCAAUAGAAAUUGAAUUUCCAAUUGCGUAUGGAAUACUUGUAUAUAAAGGGGGGCCUCUUCUUGAACAGUUAUUCAAAGCAAUAUAUAUGCCACAUAAUGCCUAUUGCCUUCAUGUUGAUGUGAAGGCCUCUGAAACUUUCGAACGGGCUGUUAAAUCUAUGACCAGGUGCCUAAGCAAUGUCUUUAUCACCAAAAAAACCUUGGAUGUGAUAUGGGCACAUAUUAGCAUCAUUCAAGCGCAGUUAAAUUGUAUGGAAGAUUUAUUGGAAAGUCCCAUUAAAUGGAAAUAUUUUAUAAAUUUAGUGGGACAAGAUUUUCCUUUGUAUGACAAUAAUGGCAUUGUAACUGCAUUGCAGACACUUCAAGGAAAAAACAACAUUGAAAGUUUUCCUAUGCCUGAGCGUAAUUACUACCGCACACAAUUUGUUUAUCGCUUUGAAAAGACAGGUGAAUUUUCCCACGAUUAUAGAAGAAUACAAACAUCACUUAGAAAAGAACCACCACCAUAUGGACUUAAACUUUUCAAAGGCUCAAAUCAUGUGGCCUUGACAAGAAAUUUUGUACAAUUCAUCUUGUAUGAUAAAAAAGCCAAUGAAUUUUUUAACUGGCUAAAUGACACUUUUAUUCCCGAUGAAGCAUUCUAUGCUACUCUUCAACAAAUUCCCGGUGUUCCUGGUGGUAUCCAUGGAAACCACAGCUGGUUUAUGAGAAGACUGAUGUGGUUUAAUGAUGUUUGCUAUGGACAAAUUGUAAGAGAAAUCUGUUGGCUCAGUGUGGCUGACUUAAGAUGGGCUUUAUAA